AUUGUGUUUAUUUAGGUGACUUACAUUUACAUUCCGAAUAAAAGUUUGUACUAAAAUGUUCGCAUCGAAAGACGCUUAACUACUUCAAAACAUGUUGGCUUUGUGGCUUUUCUGUGCUUGUUUAUUGCACGUCUGCAAUGGGAUUUAUACUCCAGGUGAAUCGAAACAGAGUCCGAUAAAGUCAAAAUUCGUGCAGUACCAUCAGAAUUAUAGUAAGGUAAAGUUUCACAACAACGUGAAGAAACCACCACCGGUUUACGUUACGUCCGACGAUUUAGACGGAAACCAAAAAUUCUACCCGGUUUAUAACGAGUUGAUCCACGGACCGCAGCCCGAAUUUCAAUCGCUGAAAAUCUACAGCAGCAAAAACUUGAACCGUUUAAACAACUCGCGAGAAGAGAACAUUCGGAAAUUACAGGAGGCGAUGGAAAAGCCGAAAACAAAGAUCAUAUCGUUUUACUCGAGUCCGAAGCGAAAGAAGGAGAUACAGAAGGAAAUCGAGGUUUAUUCGAAGUGUCCUUCGGGUGUCACGGGACAGUUCGUCUACGACUUAUCUUGUCACCAGUUCCUGAAUUGUUGGAAGGGAAGAGGAAUCGUACAGAACUGCGCUCCGGGUACCUUGUUCAAUCCCAAAACGUUGGAGUGCGAUUUCCCCAAUAAAGUCGAAUGCAUAACCGGUGCGAGACAGAACGCUAUUACAAUUCAGUCUUCUGCAAAGUUAUCCACUCAACCGAACUGUCCUCCAGGUUUCACAGGUUUAAUUCCGAAUUACUCGGACUGUUCCAAGUUCAUUCAGUGCAAUUUCGGCACAUCGUAUUCUUCGGAUUGUCCUCCCGGUACUUUGUUCGACGUCACCAAAAACGUUUGCGAUCAUGCUCGUUCAGCCAUUUGCGUUAAUGCUGAUAAACAACCGCGGAAAUUGGAAUCUCAAUGGCAGUAUCAAAAUCCCACUGGAAAGGUCAAUAUAGAUUCAAAAUUGGAUUUUGGAAACACGGGAAGUGGACAGAACCAGUACCAUCAUGGCCAAAGCUACGGAAGUAAUGCUGGUCAAAGUUAUACCGCUCAGGGUUUAAAUGGCCAUCAAAAUGGAUAUCAAACGUACGGAAACAUUUACCAGAACAAUUAUCAAGGUGGUAUUGGUCAGAAUCCCGGUUACCAAUCCGUUAGUUAUCAACAGACAGCUUAUCAAAGUCCCAACAGACAGAAUACCUUUUCUCAAAGCAGUUACAAUCAAAAUACAAAUGGGUACCACCAUAACACCGAUCAAACAUUUUACGGACAAAGUCGACCAAUUGCUGCAUCAAACCAAGGAAGUCUUUAUCAAGGUUCUGUUGGUUACGGUCAGAAUAUUCCGCACCGGACAAGCACAACAACACAACAAGGAAAUUACCAAUCGCAUUCAACGAAAAACUAUGAAACUGUUUGUAACAUAAACGACAGGAAUUGCGGCUCUUCUCACAACCCAAAAUGCCCUUCAGGAUUUCAAGGAUUAUUACGACAUCCCUCCGAUUGUAGCAAAUUCUUGAACUGCGCAAACGGCCAAACUUUCGUACAAGAUUGUGGACCCGGUACCGUUUUCAAUCCUGCGAUCAAAGCCUGCGACUAUCCUCGUAAUGUCUACUGUAGCUCCGACGAGGAGGCGUCCACGCAAUUCGACAGUUACGCGCACACCACCACCACCAAGUCGAUAGAAAUCAACCCGAAUUUGAAUUGGAACAACAAAGUGUCCGAAGUGGAAAUUAACUAUGGCAACAGUCGUCCCACAACAUCGAGACCAUACAGAAGUACGACUGCAAGUAGUGACAGUUACCAGAACAGUUUGGACGAAGACUACAUCAUAGAACCCGAAGCUGAAGCAACAGUUUUUGACGUCACGAAGUCAGAAGUACGGUGCGACCAAGGAGACUUUCAUUGCACUUAUAACUAUUGCGUGACGCCAAGCAGCGUCUGUGAUGGAACGAACGACUGCGGGAACGGGAAAGACGAACUGAAUUGCGCCGAGUAUUUGGACCACUUCAAGGUGUGGAAGAAGAAUCGUUUGGCAGUUAAGGAGAAGGAGAUUUGGAGGAACGUUACGCACGCGACUUGCGCCGUUUUAUGUCUGCAGAGCUCCCGGUUUGAGUGCAGAUCCUUCACCUACAGGACGGUGGACAGGACUUGCAUUUUAUCCGAUUUGAACAUCGGCCUGUCGGGGAUGUUGAUGAGGUACGACGUUUGUGAUUACUACGAACUGAAAUCGAAAACAAUCGACUGCUCUCGUCUGCACGUUUGUUCAAACAACAAAUGUAUUUCGUCCAGUCAGAUCUGCGACGGCUUCGACGAUUGUCCAGAUCGAGCGGACGAAAAGAAUUGUAGAAAAGAGGAUUUGGGAUACGAAAUUAAACUGAGAGGAACCACACACGCACACAAAGGCCGCAUCGAAGUUACGGUGUUUGACAAAACGGGUUACGUUUGCGACGACAGGUUCGGAUUGCGUGAGGCCGACGUGGUGUGCCGAGAAUUGGGAUUCGAAUUGGGCGCCGCCGAAGUGAAGGGCAGUUCGCAUUUUGCCAAAGACAUCAUUGAAAACGGCACUUUUUACAUGAUGGACGACGUCAACUGUUUGGGGAACGAAACGUCUUUGAAAGACUGCGACUUCUCCGGCUGGGGCGUUCACAACUGCAUGAACAACGAGAUUGCCGGUUUGGUGUGCAAAAUACCGCAACAAAAGUGUCCGAGCGACCAUUGGCAAUGUAAAACUGGAAAGGAAUGCGUCAAUCAAGGUUUCGUUUGUGACGGUUUGUACGAUUGUACGGACAAUUCGGACGAAGAUUCGGAACUGUGCGACGCACCAUCGGAAGUGCGGCUGGUCGGACCGUCGCCGAGCGAAGGUAGAUUGGAAAUAAAACACCACGGAAUUUGGGGCACCGUUUGCGACGACGACUUUAACGAAGACGCCGCCAAAGUGGCCUGCAUGCAGUUGGGAUUCCACGGUUCGUCGUAUGUUAAAAAGGACGGUUACUACGGACAGGGAACGGGACCAAUUUGGCUCGAUCAGGUUUAUUGUUACGGGAACGAGACUGGACUGGAGAACUGCACCCACUGGAACUGGGGCGAACACAACUGCGAUCACACCGAGGACGUCGGAAUCAUUUGCAACACGGUCGACGUGAUCGAGAAGAGUUUGCACCACGGGGAUCCGUCAGUGAGUCCAGUGAGUCCAGCGAGUCCUCCGUUGAGUGCGAUCAUUCCGGAGAGCUGCGGUUUCAGGAAGGAUAACCAGUUCAUGCUGAACGACGACGUUCACUUUAGAGUUGUCAAAGGAUCGGUGGCGAGACAGGGAGAUUAUCCGUGGCAGGCCGCGCUCCGCAUCAAAACGAACAACAAACCCUCCCAUUGGUGCGGCGCGAUCAUUAUCAGCAGCAAGUUCGUUUUGACCGCCGCCCACUGUUUGGUCGGAUAUCCGAAAGGGGCGUACAUGGUGGUGGCGGGCGAUUACAACGUUGACGACAACGAAGGUACCGAACAGACCGAUUUCGUCGAAGACUUUUUCACUCACGAGAAGUUCAGAGACGGCCACAAAAUGAAUAACGACAUUGCGCUGGUUAAGUUGAAACGCGGGUUCAAACUGAAUCAGGACAUCCAGCCGAUUUGUCUUCCCGAUGCCGAUUGUGAAUACAAACAGGACAUGAAUUGCACCAUUUCCGGAUUCGGUUCGACCGAGAGUGGCAUCUCCGCGUCCUCCCAUAAUUUACGGGCCGGUUGGGUUCCUAUUCAGUCGGACGAAGUGUGUAAGAUGCCGCACGUCUACGGCAGGAACUUGAUGGAGGGAAUGUUUUGCGCCGGACAUUUGGAGGAAGGAGUGGAUGCGUGCGACGGAGACAGCGGUGGACCUUUGGCCUGUUUGAAUAACGGUGUUUUCACGUUGUACGGUAUCACAUCGUGGGGUCAACAUUGCGGCUUUGCAAACAAACCGGGUGUUUACGUGAAAGUUUCUCAUUACAGACAAUGGAUUGAUAAUGUUCUGCAAAAACAUUCUUAACUUAUUGUUAUAGGUUUUCUUAAUAAAGUUGUUUAAUAAAAGAAAAAGUCGUAGUACA